AUGGCGAGCGUCCCCCUCCCGGUGCAGAAUCUCGUCCUCGGCGACGACCCGCUGUCUCUCGACCGCAUUCGCGCCAUCCUCACCCGGCUCGAGGAUACGAUCAUCUUCUCGCUGAUCGAGCGCGCCCAGUUCGCGCACAACCCAAAGGCUUACCGCCGGGGAGAGUUCCAGGAACUCAAGGACAUCGGCUUCAACGGAAGCUGGCUUGACUGGUUCUUGAAGGAGACCGAGUCCUUCCACUCAAAGGCGAGGAGGUACACCAGCCCAGAGGAAUACCCGUUCACCGACCCCGCCGACCUGCCCCCGCCGAUACUCAAGCCGUUCCCGCACCCGACGAUCCUCUACCCCAACAAGGUGAACGUGAACGCGUCCAUCCUCUCCUUCUAUGUACAGUCCAUCGUCCCGCGCAUCACACGCCAGGCGACGCUCGCGCUCUCCGCGCAGAAGCGGGCGAACGGCAUAACGGGGGACGCCGAGUUCGAGGACGACGGGAACUACGGCAGCGCGGCCUUCGUCGACCUCGAGGUCCUCCAGGCAAUCUCGAAGCGCGUGCAUUACGGGAAGUUCGUGUCGGAGAGCAAGUUCAGGGAUGACCCGGCCGCGUUCAUCCCGCACAUCCACUCCCGGGAUCGCGACGCGCUCGCGGCGCUGAUCACCAAACCCGAGGUCGAGAAGAAGCUUCUGCAGCGGCUGCGGAAGAAGGCGAACCUCUACGCGCUCAAUUUCUCGCCAGAAGGCGAGCCCCUGAACGACUCUGCUACGCGGAAGAUCGACGUCGACGGCGUGGUCGAGCUCUAUGAGCAUUACAUCAUUCCCUUGACGAAAGAAGUCGAGGUUGACUACUUGUUGGUGAGGUUGGAUGGACUGUCCAAGGAGGAAGUAGAUGCACUGGCAUCGCAGCAGAAGAAACAGUAG